GCCGCCAUGUGAUCCGGCGCCCGGUUUAAAAGCUUACGGGGAGGGGGGGACAGCGUGGAACGUUUCACACUCCGCCACAUCUCCAGAAGCGUCCGGUGCAGGUGCUUUGUGGUGCAAUAUGUGGGAGAGCGAGGAGGCCUCGUAUGAGGAACACCAAGAGGAAGAGGAGGGGGCUGCAGAGGAUGAAGGGGUAGAUGGAGAUGGGGACGAGUCUGAGGACGAUGCCAAGAGGAAGUCAAGGCCUGGUUUUGUUCCCUGUAUGGCUCCCCCCAAAAUCCCAGAUGGGGAAAAAGUGGACUUUGACGACAUCCACCGCAAGCGCAUGGAGAAAGACCUGACGGAGCUCCAGACACUGAUUGAGGAUCACUUUGAGAAGCGCAAGAAGGAGGAAGAGGAGCUCCUCAGCCUCACCGACCGCAUCGAAAAGCGCAGGUCCGAGAGAGCCGAGCAGAUGAAGAUCAGAGCGGAGAGGGAAAGAGAACGACAGAACAAAAUGGCCGAGGAGAAAGCAAGGAAGGAGGAAGAAGAGGCCAAAAAGAAAGCUAAAGAUGACGCCAGGAAGAAGUUGAUCCUGAGCAAUCUGACCUUUACCGGCUAUAAAACACAGACGGGAACCACGCGACAAACGGAGCGAGAGAAGAAGAAGAAGAUCCUCAACGAAAGGCGAAAGGAGUUAAACAUUGAGCACCUGAGGGAGGACAAACUCAGGGAAAAGGCCAAAGAAUUGAUGGAUUGGAUACGGCAGCUGGAGUCGGAGAAGUUUGAACUUCAGUACAAAUACUCGAAGCAGAAAUAUGAGGUGACUGUGCUGAGGAACCGUGUCAGCGACCAUCAGAAAAUUUCAAAGAGCAGCAGGAGCAAGCGAGGCCUGAGGAAGUAACAACAACACAGAGUCCUCAUGUUUCCUCAUCGGUCGCCUUACUUUCUAAAAAUAAUAAAUCAUCACCAUGAUUGUCUGUCAAGUCAAGUUCCUGCAUGAAUAAAAGUGUCAAAAUGACA